AUGGGUACUAACCAAUUCAACGUAGAUAAGAUCAAGUACGACAAAGAAUGGGAAUAUGCAAGCACAAAAAAGUGGAUGGAAAGUUCGUGGAAUCAGCUGAAAAAUUUGUGCGAGAACACCACGGUUGACUACCAGAGAUAUAGUCCGGAAGAUUUUGCUCGACUUGAACAACAAAUCGUGACCUACGUCUUUGGAAUGACAUCUGAGUACGCGGAACGAGCUCUGAAGUACAACAAUCUUUUGAAAGUGUUUGGGGAUCAAGAGCGCAAAUUUGCGAGGAAUGCCCGCUUGAAAAUGGAGGAAAUUGCGGGCGCAAAGACUGUUGACGUUCAGGUAAUAACUAUCUACGUUCUUCUCGAGGAAAUGAUUGGAAAGGAAGAACCCACAACUUCACAAAUAUAUGUUUUUCGAGUUCGAGACAAGGAAGGUAGUUGGAAAUUUCUUGAUUGUGCUCUUCGAACAUACGAUGACUUUGAAGAUUACAUCAAAAAUAACAAGGCACCCCGAUGUAUGAUGUGUUAUCCGACUGGUGGAUUUUUAAGAUCACAAGAAAUGAGAGAUAAGAAAGGGAAAACAUACACUAGCGGUGAAGUCCGUUUCGGUGAACCUCCUUCAUGUACACUUACUGGGAGAGUAGUGGAGAAAUUGGACACAGUUAAUAUGUAUGUCACUCCCGUCGUCGCAAUUACGUUAUUCUGGACGCCUGCUGGAUGGGUGGCGACAGGACUUUCUGCACUAUCUUACACCACUCUUGGCUACUCAUUAGUGCGGCAAACAUUCAACAUUUACGACAAAGGCACUCACGGAGAGCAUUAUGCUACUGACCUCUUUCAUUUCGCAACGACCAUAGCUACUCUUGCCGUCGCCAGAGCAAUUCCUAAGUAUUUAAGAACUGUCGCUUUACAGAAUCGUCAGCUUACCUUCUUGGAAUCAGUUAUUAUUACUGGUAUUCUCCGCGGAAUGGCCGCAAGUACUGCUGUGAACUUCGCUGCAUUAGUAUACCAGUUCGGGUACAAACUGGUUAAUCAGCGAGCAGAAAUCUCUGCUAUGGACGUCGUUAACCUCAUGGUUGCUGCUCAGAACAUGUAUUCAUGUUAUAUGUCUCCAAAAUCGGCGAAAGCUAUAUUAGAGAAGGUAAAGGUGGAGAUUCAGACAGAAAACCAAGCAAAAAGGAUAGAAAAAGAAAACAGUGUCAAGAAGGCUCAAGAAAGCAACAAGGAACUUGAACAAAAGUUGAGGGAAAUGAGGGAUUUUGGAAAUGAGGAUCGUGUCAUAACGGACACGUUGGAGAAGAAAAUAAAGGCAAACAAUAAGAAUAUAGAAACUUGGACGAAAGAAGCUCAAGUAGCGUUAGAAAAGUUUAUGGAAAACCAAAGGAAUUGGGCCGAAGGAGACGUAAAAGAAGCGUUGGCACCAAUAAAGGAAAUACAGGAUAAAAUGAGCAACAUUCGAAGCGAGAACGAAAGUAUGGAAAGAGAAUUGGAGGAACUAAACAGUUCUGAAUCAGGAAACAGGCAGAGGAUUGAAGAAUUGAGGAACAAAAUCGCCAGUAAUAAGGAAAAGAUUGCUAAUCUUACCAGUGAUGCGCUUGCAAAGCAGAACGAAUACCUCAAGCAGAAGGGUGAUAAAAUGAAGGAUAAAGGAGCGCAAGAUGAAUACAAGAAGUUUGUCACGAAUGAACAGAACAACCGUGGUACUAACACAAUGAUCGAUCAGAAUAACAGAAUUAUCCAAGCGGUCACAUACAUGGAUGCAGAGCAAGUGUUCAGAUUGGUGUCCAUAACUCAAUCGAAGAUAUGCUUUGCCAACGGAGAAACGCUGGAUCUUCUAAUCAAUAACCAGAUUGAAGUAGAUCCAAGGGCAAUCAAUCAGCUGAAUCGAGAAUCGGUUAGGACGACCAGAAGCAGUAAAGGUGAAAGAACAGAAGAGAAGAAGAAUGAUCUAGAGGAGAUCAUGAAGGUCACUAAGGAAUUCGACACCAAUAAAAUAUCCAGGACAGACUAUCUUAAACGUAUCAAUGGCGAACUACAGAAGUAUCAAAUGAUUGCAAGGGAAGAAAUAGCAGAAGUUCGUAACGAUGUUAUGCAGAAGAUGUCAAACAUGACUGACGAUCAAAAGAAAAUGUUCGAGGACAUGAGUCCACCGUUAGCGUUUAGAAUGCGAACCGUUCUCAAGGGAGCUUCCACAGGAGACCUAGAAGCAGCUAUGAAAAUUGCUGAAUCACAAAACGUGGCAGCUGACCCGUUAAGUGUCGCCGAUUGUGUAGAAAUAGUUAAACUGCAUUUCGCGAAGGAGACAAAAGCUUUUGAGCUUGAGAAAGCGAAAAUUGAUGCCAGGGCUGAUCUGAACACUGAGCAAAAAAAAAACGCUGUUAGUACACUCUACAAGGAUCAUUUUGGCCUCUCCGAUGAUGAUAUGAGGACCAUAAACAAGAACAAUGUCUCCAACAAAGUCAAGGCAAAAUUACUUGCUGAUCGUUACGCAGACAAUCUGAUAAACAAUGACCAACGAAGAGCCGCUGUUACGAAACAUAUCAACAAAAGAAUUAGUCAGAUUAGGACCUUCGCGCAAACAGAACAAUUUUUCCAUGGAAGUCUUCUCUCUGCUUACUACCACGUUGAGAAACAUGGUGAAAAAACGAUCACUUCCUACUACAAAGAAACGAAUCAGCAAAUUCCGUCGACUCCAUUGACACAAGCGGAAAUCGAUAAUAUUUAUUUCAAGGAAAUGAAGAAUCAUCUUUUCACCGGAAACAACUACCAGUCUACACUUGUUCUUCAAGAUGGCCAAACAAAGACAAGAAUUUGGGUUACUGAGCAGAAGUAUACCGGAUUCACUAAGUCCCCCAAUACGUUUGUUCCCUAUGAGAAUUUGUUAGGCAAUCCUCCUCUUUACUUCCCUCGUGAAACUGUUGCGUCUCACUUUCAGAAAUAA